UCAUGAAAGAUCAAAAUACAAGAUAUCCUGGACUUUAAAUGAUUUAAGCCAUUUUUUUAAUGGUUUAGCUAUUUUGUUGGCCUUUGCUUGAGUCACAUCUUGGAAUACUUUUACACAUGGAACAGCUCAUCCAGUACUACGGUAGUACGAUGGUGUAAAAUCUCUCGGCAGUAUGAAGAUUUCGUGUGCAUCAUAUGUGUGCAGCUCUAACGUUCUCCUCGGAGCAGACGAUCGACGGACGUCACAAUGUUCACUCUUGAACAUCUGAAGUUACAAUACCUCUGAUUUAAGGUACGCAGAUCGUUCUCUGCUCUCUUUAGUUUAGGGUGUAACUUAUUAACCAUCUUUUCAUAUAAUUUCAAGGUUUUGGUGCCUUACAGAAUUGUAAACUUGGAACUAAUUGGACACGGGCUACUGCAGCUGGAGCACUGGGCUGGUGUCGGCUUUUGCGGUCGAUGUACGCGGACAGAUCAGGCUGAUCACCACCAUACAUUCAACUUUAGUUUGGCAGCAUAUCCUUGUUAUGACAUCAUGGAGGAUAGAACCACCAUGGUAAUCGACUGUGAUGCGGGGAUCGAUGAUGCCGUGGCUAUCAUGAUGGCAUUGGCCGAGCCGAGGGUCAAUCUUAUCGGCAUAACAUGUGUUAACGGGAACACACCUGUUGAAAAGGUCACCAUCAAUGUACUGCGGGUCCUGCAGAAGUGUGGGAGACUGGAUAUUCCUGUAUACUCUGGUACUACGAAAGACUUCCUGGGCACUGCCCCCGUAACAUCGGCUCAUGGACAAGAUGGCCUUGGAGACUUCCCCAACCCAGAGACUCCGCCCUCUGGAGAUCUUGUCCAAUCAGAGCAUGCGGUAGAAGCACUUAUCUUCAUGGCUAACGAGCACCAGGGAGAGAUCACCCUCGUGGCUAUCGGUCCUUUGACUAACGUGGCUCUGGCCAUGAAGUUGGACUUGCAGUUUACUUCUAAACUCAAGGAGCUCGUCAUCAUGGGAGGAAACAUUUUAGCCACAGGAACCCGUUUUCCAGCCUCAGAGUUUAAUUUCACUGUGGACCCCACAGCAGCUCAUAUUGUGGUGACUGGAACCCAAUGUCCUACAACUCUUGUUCCUUUAGAGACAUGUAUCUCUUGUAGUAUAUCAACUAGCUGGUUCGAGAGCCUACACCAUUCCAAGAAGGCCAAGUUUGUGGCAGCCAUGUACACAGAUCGUCUGAAAAAAGCGAAGACUGAUAAGAAAUCUGUGUGCAUGGUUGCUGAUGGAUGUGCCAUGGUCGUUGCUAUCUGCAAAGCCGCAAUCAAGAAAGCCACUCACACCCCGUGUCAGAUUGAACUCCAUGAAGGGAUGACGAAAGGACAGAUGGUGACGAGUAAGAUCUAUCGACCGUGGGCUAAGUCAUUUCCAGGCCCUGAGAUCAAUGUCGUGAUAGAGCUUGACAUGGAGAUAUACCAUACGAUGUUAGAUGAGACAGUUCGGUGAGAGACGGUUGGCCUAAAUCAUUGGAAAAAUGUGAAUGUAGAAGGGUACACAAUAUGGCAUGUGUAUUAUUUUUUAUUCAUCCAGGUUAACCUUUGGUGCUUUGAAAGUCAUUUCUUCAUGAGUCGAUCCAUUAAUGUACAUGUAGAACAUGGCUCGAGUAUGGCUCGUAAAUCGCAAGUAAAUCGCAAGAAUUAACAGAAAGCCAAAAUCAGACAAUAUAUGCGGAAGCUGAUGGAACAAAGUGCAAACAAAAAAUAACAGGCUGUGAUUGGCCAUUGGAAAGUGACGAUAACACUUUUCAGCUGUUGCGUUAUUUCAGGCCCUGUUUCCUCUCUCCUUCGUCAUUAUCAUCAUCGAUAUACGGGAGUGAGGUAGAAAUGAGGUGAGGUGAAAUUGUUUAACAAGCCAGUGUUUAUCUAGACCAGUUUUAAAGAUAACUAUGUUUCGUGGAGUGACUAGAGGUUCUGGCAGUUUAUUCCAUAGCUCGAUGACACGUUUACUGAAAAAACAGCCUCUGGCAUUAAGCUUGCGAUGAGUAUUAAACAGUUUCAAUGGAUGUCCACAAGUGAAUUGGUACUCUGGUCUCUUGAAGAAAUGUUCUGGACUGAGUCUGUCGAUGCCAUGAAGUAUUUUGUAAACCUGGAUCAUAUCGUCCCUGUAGCGAAGUGAGAAUAGAUUGAGUUUCUUAAGUCUUUCAGGAUAGGAGAAUGAACUCAUACCAGGAAUCAUUCUUGUUGCUCUCCGUUGCACAGCUUCAAUCUUGCUGUCAUCUGCCAUGAAACAGGGGAUUCCAUGAUACAGUACAUUAUUGAAGAUGUGGGCGUACCAGGAUUUUGUAUAGAGGUAUGAAGAUGUCCUGAUUGGUAUUGACAAACACUCUUUUGAUGAUCCCAACAUCUGGUUUGCCUUUUGUAUCAUAGCUGCGAUAUGUUUUCGUAAAGUCAAAUUCAGGCAUUUGCAAGCUAACCAAGCUUGGUACCAUGAAUGCAGAAGAUAUUAGAUUCUAAUGUUUCUGAGUCUGUUUUUAGGCUACAGUACAUGUAAAUGGGUCAAAUUGACUGGUAUCCCUGCAGUUUUUUGUUGUCAAAGGUCAAAGGUACCUUGAGUUUUAGUAAAAAUAUAAAAAUAUAUAAGGAUUAUGUUAUAUUGUCUAAUCAAGACAAGAGUAUCAUCUUCUAUACAUGUAUGUUUCAUUACAUAAGUACUGUGUUCAUUGUGAAAUUCAGCAUAUAGCAGCUGAAUGACAUAAAUAGACAGCGAUCUUAUUUGUGAACACGAUAUAGACCUCAUUUAAAAACAUCACCAAACAACAUGCAGCAGUGCAGUUAGGCACAAAAGAGCUCCUCAAACAACGUACGUACAUGUAUACAGCUGCAAGCACAAUCAUGACAUUGCUUCUUGCAUGGUGAGAUGAUCCAUGCAUGCUUCCUUGCUAAAGAAGAGUCUGUCCGAACUGUCCGUGACGUAGGUCAUAUGCCUAGUUUCAAUGACCCAUCCCUGUGUGUCUUUUCCAGACAAGCAGAGGAUGGUGGCCCCAAGGAUCCGGAUGUCUCCAUUUGUAGCGUUGUGCAUCUGCAAGUUGAACAGGAGGAGAUCCGAUCGGUGUAAACCAAGGUGGUGGAUGAUCUUCAUACCAGCAAGGCAGCUCUGUGUCUGCCAUUGCUUAAAUAGAUCAGGAUGUUGUUAGGUUUACAGGCCGACACCAAAGGCGUUGUAGCAGGGAUGCCAGUUUUCAGUCAAAAACCUGAAUUCAGGCCCUGGCGAUUUAUUUUCAGGUCAUAGUUUUUCAUGUGGCCUCAUGUGUGCGUGCAUCCUGGAUUAUAACAUGUUGUGAAGGCUUGAGAUCAUGUGCGGUUUAUAGAUCAUGUUAUGCUUUCUGUUGAUCUUGUUGCUGUUGUAGACGCUGGUAAGUUUGCUGUCUGCGUGUUGAUGUGUCGCAUAUCACAAAUGGAAGGUUGCUCUUGACCUUCCAACCACAAAGCAGACCGCCAACAUAGCCCUUCUCUGCCUAAGCACAACGCCUAUCAAGAGCGAACUGCCUAGUCCAGCAGAGCUUCGUAUGACCGGGGUAAUAGUA